UCACAGGACACGAUCAGCGUAGUGUUCUCCACUACUAAAGCUGUAGCUGCUCUUUGUAUUGCGGUGUUAUUCGAUCGAGGAAGGCUCAGAUACGACGACCUUGUAUCAAGACAUUGGCCAGCAUUUGCUAAGAAUGGAAAAGCAAAUAUCACCGUUGAAUGGGUGAUGUCGCAUAUGUCAGGUCUGUAUUACUUUGAUGAGCCUAUCACUAAAGAAAUAGCUGCAAAUCACGAUUUUAUGAGAAAGUUGAUCGAAAAUGAAACACCCAAAUUCCCACCAGGAACCAGCUUUGGUUAUCACGCACUCGCUUUUGGAUGGCUCGUCGACCAAAUUGUUAGACAUACUGACGAGAAGAAGCGAGGGAUUGGCCAGUUUCUGCGGGAGGAGAUUACCGAACCAAACGGUAUGGAUGUGUAUUGUGCACUUUAA